AUGCCUAACAAUGCCCUGGAUCGCUGCACGCUGAUCCCGGAGCUUCUGAAAGAGCUGUCUCCUUGCUCUAAGGUUAUGUUACUCAUUGAUCAUGUUGGCAUCUUUCUUACGGGCCGACUCGUAUGUAAUGUGCUCCCCGUUGUCGAGCUCAAGAGCAGCUGUCAUGGUGAAAGAAGCAUACCUCGCCGGCUGUUGAGAGUUUCAUUUUUGCGCCACAAAGUUGCUGCUAUGCUAGAAGAAUCAUUCGAGUUGGAUUUUGUUUCGCCAUGGGGUGUCGCAACGUCCGCUUUUCAGAGACCCUACCAAAGAUGA